UUGUGUCACUUCGCCUCCUGCAACGUUAUGUCGAGGAAGAAUGUCGAUACUCACCAUAAACUUAAUCGUUGUGAACACCGAGUAUAGUGAGAGUGAUGGAUGUUGCUGUAGGCCACAGCCAUGAGUCGGAAUGUAGUAACAUGUCAUUCCAUGACGCUAGAGAUGUCAUACUUCAGUCGUCAGUCAGAGACAGCGACGGCGGAAGCUACAACGACUACGAUGAAAGCUGGGGAGACUACUCUGACGACUCACGCGGGAAACCCUCCCGACCUCUCCCCAGGCCAAACCCCGUGGUGUUGCUGGUGUUGUUGAUGGUGCCGUACGUGGUGUUGUUCUACCACGCUCUGCACGUUGAGGUAGAUGUCAACUACGUGCUAUGGGACGUUGCUGUCAGCGCCGCCUACAUGACGAUGUUUGUCCUCAGUCUCCUGAGUGCUGCUAAAUUGUACUACCACCGCCAACGGCUGUUGGAGUGGACGGUGCGGCUGCUGUACUACGCCAACGACGGGCCGUUGCCCGGGUUCCCCCUUGACAACACCCAGCGCUGCAUAGGCGUCCAGACCCACAACACCGACUUCAACCACCAGACAGACACCGUCAGAAACAACCACGCUGUCGAGACAAGGAGGAUGCGUCGUCACAUACUUCAGUUGAGAAAGAAAUAUAGUUCUAGAGUGAAGAAGCUGAAGGACUUUGCCAAGGAACGGAACAUGAUCUUGUCGCGGCUGCAGCUGAAGUUCCCUGAAGUUGAGCACGAGAAGGAGACUCUAGUCGCUGAAAGGGACGCCAUUGAGAAACAGCUAGAAGAGGAGAAACGACGGAACAAAGAGCUGAUUGGUCGGUUCCAAAGGAUCAACCAACAGUUCGGCAGACUCGGACAUGCGCAAUACCCACCUCCGCUAAUGUCGCUGGACUGUUACAAAUAAGGAACGUUUCAGUUUUAUAGCGAUGUCAAUAAAAAAGUAAAACAAUGACAUGAAAACAAACGAAAUAUGUUUCAGUCGGAACGCACAAUGACUGAACUUACACCGAUGUUCUUAAUACACUGAAGGGCAAAAUAAGCUCCCCACUAAUUUUGAAUGUCAGUGAAAGAAACUCAAAGGCAAAAAUAGUUGUGAAACCAGUGUAUAAAAAUAUUUAAUGUUUCAUAAUAUGAUAAUAUCUAGACAUUAAACCAAAGAAGCUAUGAAAAUAUAUGAAAUAAAGAUUGAACUCAGAUGGGGUCGAUCAAAAGGUUUAGAAAUAACAAAUUUUGUAGAGGUCCAAAUGUUCUUCCGUUAAGGAUUUUCUAUUGCCAAAUAUCGCGUGUGUCUUCCUUGCAAAAAGCCAUGCAUUGUUCCAGUUGAUUUCUGGAGGGAAUUCAUGUGGGUGUUGACUGUUUCUAAGUUGUCUGCCCACGUGUCCUCACAAGUAUUCAGUUGGGGAACAUUCCGACCAUUGCAGAACCCGAACAUUGUGGUUGCCAAGGUAACCCUGAGUAAUUCGUAUGUCACCUGGCAUAGUCCCGCUGUAGGAUGGUUACCUGUAACUGUGGACGUAAGAAUGGUAAUAUCGCUGUUUGAAGCACUUGUCUCAGAACCUUUGUGCGAUUAGGUUGCCGUUUAUGAUCACGAGGCGUGUUUUCUGAGCACCGUAAAUUACCCCCAUAUCAUAACACCACCUCGUCCAUGUGGGUCGUACUCUUGGGCGGACACAGGUGCCAGUCGUACCUUCUGUAGACACGGAUUCUUCCAUUAGCAUGGUGGACGUCGCGUGGAUGACUGUAGAUUGGCUGAUACGGUGUCUAGCUGCCGUUGCUGCUGUUGACGUCAAGCACCUGUUCAGUCAGCCUGUUGCGAAGGUGUGUGGUACGGAUGUGGCGGUCUUCUGUUCUAGGGCUGUCGUGAGUUCUUUCUGUCAACUAGCAAGAGUGCACAUACCGUGCGUCUGGAACUGCCGACGGUUCCUGCAAUAUCGGUCUGUAACGUUCCCAUUCUCGCCAUACCAGUGGCUCUGUCUCGC